AUGGCUGCUGCCGGCGAUCGCCGCGUAGCGGCGGCUACUCUUCUUCAGAUAUCGCUGGCGUUCGUUUGCUUGCUUUCCUCGGCGUCGGGGCUCCAAAUUCCCCAUCCCGGUCUCCCGGAUAUGUACACGGACUUCGUGCGGGAUCGCAUCUCUGGUACCCGCCGCCCGUCCAAGUGGUCGGCAUCGAUCUGCGUAACACCAACUCCUGCAUCGCCGGCUAUGCCCCCGCCAAGACCGACACCAUGUUCCAAUUCUACAUCCCGUCCUGGGUCGCCUUCACCGACGACGGCGCCACCCUCGUCGGCGAGGCCGCCAGGAACCACGCCGGCGCUGAUCCUGAAGCCGUGAUCUUCGGUUUCAAGCGCUUGCUCGGGCUAAGAUCAAAUGUCAUGUGGGGCCGACAGUACAGCCGCCGGCCUCGAACACGAGGUGCAGCCGGAGCAGAACUCAAGGGUGCGCAUGGCCUGGAAGAACCCAAGGAGGUUUAGGCGGCUGGAGGGGCUGCAAUCUCUAAGGCAAUUAAGUAGAAGUUGAAGAGAUUAAGGAAUUAAUUAGCCAGCUAGCAGUUAAUGGCUGGCGCAAGUAGCAAUGGAGCAGAGCUCCUAUAGGUACCCCUGUACUCGUUGAAGGAAGUAAGAAAAGAAGU